ACGCAGCCUCAGCUAAUCGCUUCAUCCAGUGUCUGUAAUCCAACCUAGGGUUUCCUCCUCCUCUUCCUCUCACUCCCAAUUUCCCCACCAUGGCCGACGAGUCUCAAUACUCCGUCGCCAGCGACACCACCCCACCCUCCUUGAAGCGCAAGUACGACGACAAGCCCCGUACCACCGGCUUCUCCGACGGACCCGACCCGCCUACCUCCUACAACAACGUCCCUCCCCCCGCCAUCUCCGACUUCGAACUCGCCAAACAGAAAGCCCAAGAAGUCGCCGCUCGCCUCCUCGGCGGUGCUCCUCCCCUCGACGCCAAACGCCCUAAGGUCGACAACAACGGCGCCGCUCCAAGCCCCUACGAUUCCUACGAUGUGAAGAGUCAGUACUCUGCGCCUUCGUUUGCACCUUCGUACGGGCAUCAAGGUGGGAGCAAGAAGAUUGAUAUACCGAAUGGGAGGGUGGGUGUUAUCAUUGGGAAAAGUGGAGAAACCAUCAAGUACCUUCAGACGCAGUCUGGUGCCAAAAUCCAAGUCACUCGCGACAUGGAUGCUGAUCCGAAUUCUUCAACUAGGGCUGUUGAGCUUAUGGGUACUCCUGAGGCUAUUGCCCAUGCUGAGAAGCUCAUUAAUGAAGUUCUCACCGAGGCUGAAUCUGGAGGUUCUGGCAUUGUUACUAGAAGAAUCCCUGGACAAGCUGGGGCUGAUGAGUUUGUGAUGAAGGUCCCGAAUAACAAGGUUGGCCUUGUUAUUGGUAAAGGAGGAGAAACAAUUAAGAGUAUGCAACAGUCGACUGGAGCAAGAAUUCAGGUGAUUCCUCUUCAUCUUCCACCGGGUGACACAUCCACGGAAAGAACAUUAAAAAUUGAAGGGAACUCUGAACAAAUUGAGUCUGCAAAACAAUUGGUUAAUUCAGUCAUCAACGGUGAUAAUCGCCUUAGGAAUCCAUCCAUGUCUGGUGGUUAUUCUCAGCAAGGUUACCAAGCUCGGACACCUUCUAGCUGGGCUCCUCCUGCAGCUCCGACUCAACAACCUGGUUAUGGCUAUGUGCAGCCUGGAGCGUACUCUGGUCCAUCACCUCAGUAUAACAUGCCUCAACAACCAUAUGCAGGCUACCCUUCUCAGUCCGGUGGAUAUCCCACCAAUUGGGACCACUCCACUGCACCUCCCCAGCAGUCUACUCAUGCUGGGUAUGAUUACUAUGGUCAACAGCAACAGCAAAAUCCUGGUGCUCCUGCACCUCCAGCUGAUGGAACUGCUUACAAUUACAGUCAACCACCUUCCUCUGGUUAUAGCCAACCUGGACAGGGCUAUGCUCAAGAUGGCUAUGGUGCAUAUCAAGCGCCACCACAUUCAGGGUAUGGUCAACCACCAUCAUAUGAUCAGCAGCAAGGUUAUAGCUCAGCCCCCUCCUAUGGAAGCAACCCAGCACCAGAUGCCAACACUGCAAACUACGGAUCCCAGGGGGAUUCAGCCCAAGUUCCGCCUGUCCAACCUCAGCAAGGUUAUGGUAGCAGCCAACAGCCUAGCCCAAAUGCUGCUAAUUAUCCACCACAAGGUGCUCCUCAGUCAGGCUAUGGGGUGCCCCCAACCUCCCAAGCAGCUUAUGGCAAUCCACCUCAAGUACAGUCUGGUUAUGGAGCUGGAUAUGGACCCCCUCAGGCUCAGAAGCCAAGUGGUACUCCACCGGUAUACGGACAAUCACAGUCACCUAACACAACAGGAGGCUAUGGUCAAACUGGUGGGUAUCCACCUUCCCAUCCACCUUAUGGUGGUGCUGUGCAACCAGGGUAUGGUGCCCCGCCAUAUGGUGCUCCAGGUGGUCAAUCUGGUUAUGCUCAGGCUCCUCCAACAUACGGCAGCAGUGCCUAUGGUGCUGGUUAUCCUCCGCCCUCAGCAUAUUCUGGUGAUGGUAAUGCAGGUGAAGGUGGGAAUACUCGUGGAAGCAAUGAUGGGGCACCUGCACAGGCUGUUCAGCAGGGUAGUGUUGCUAAAUCAUCACCCCCUAGUUAAUUUUGUAGGCUGUUAUGGGUGCUGAAUGGACUGUUCUGCAGUAUUUUCUGAUUUAGUGACAUCUUUAUGGCUUUGCAGCGUUUUUAUUUGUUUUUUCUUCUCUUCUUCGGGGUCUAUGUUACUAUGUAGGUUUGCAUGCUGAGAUGUGUUGAAUUUAAGUGUUAAGAUUCCUGACUCCUGUUUUUGUGCGCAAUUGAAGCAAACUAUAUGUUAAGACUUAA